AUGGCUGCCAAACCACCCGCGGAGGAAUCAGCUCCAGACGUUACUAAACGCAAGGAAUCCAAGCGCAAGGCUUCCACACCCACCAAACCAGCACCCAAGGCCAAACCCAAACAGCCAUUGACUUUAGAGCAGGUCAGCCGGUUCUACUCUCUUCCCUCGACGACCCACGGUUACCAAUUCCUGUACUUUACCUCUCGUAGACGUGAAGCCAUCUCGAAAGUCCGUGCGGGUUUCCAGGUGCUUGGUUUAUCUCAAAGCCGCAUUCUUGAUAUCCAUUACCCUACUAAUAAUAUCAUUAGUUUCUUAGUUCACAACGACUAUGCCUUCACUGCCGUGGAAGCAAUGGCUCAACUCCCUGACUCUCAACGGAUUACUGAUUUAGACCCUUGUGCACCCUCCAUCCUCGGGGAUCCCAAGUACGCCAACCAUGCUGAUCCGCUCUUUUUGCAGUCUGAGGCUGCACGCAUUCACCAAGAAUGUUUGCUUCGCAUGAUUAAACGUCUCAACACUCCCAAUAUCAAAUUGUCCGUCGCUCGCGACUUCUGCUUCAAACGUAAAUGGAUAUCCGAGACUACGUAUCAAACACUUUACCGUGAGAUUUACCCUGCCAAGGCAUCCAAGACUGCCUCAUCUUCUUCAACGGAUGAUGUUAACAUGGAUGAUGCUCCUGCUUCUCAAGAUUCUAAUUCCCAACCUGCUGCCUCCUUUUCCUCUAUUAGCCCAGCUGACGGCGUCUCAGCCCCCCUGGUCUAA